AUGGAAACCCGUAAUGAAAACACAUUGAACACCGAGGAUGCGGACUCGGGGAGCUCUCGGUCGCCCCGUGCAGAACGGCCCGACAUCGGCGAACAAUACCAGGUACGUCGCCAAACUUAACCUAACCUGGUCACAAGAUGCGUCAUUCAUUUAUUUAUUUAUUUAUUUAUGUAUUUAUUUACGAGUAUUAACCAUUUAAUAAUUUUGUUUUUACUUUAUUAUUUUAUUAGGUACUAAAUGGUUGGUAUGGUAAAUUAUCAUUAUUUAUUAUUGAAAUAAACACAUUUUUUUUUAUAGAACCAAAUAAAUAUCAUAAAUUAUUUAUCUAAUAGGUCACAAUAAAACUUCCUACAUUAUAAUAAUUUAUUAUAAGUAGGUAAUAAUUAUUAACAGUUGUUAAAUCAAACUAAAUUUUCAUAAUGUUAUUACAGUAUUAUUUAAUAUAAGAGUAUAAUACUAUAAGAUAAAGAUUUAAUAUUAUAGCCAAAUUAAUAAAUUAUACUGUAAUAUAAAUAAUUUAUUUUCAGGUACUUCAGAUCGUUGCAAACUAUGUAAAACUAAAUGUUUAUCAACUAAAAUAGGAGAUGAAGUAAAUAUGUAUUACACGUAUUUUAAUGCAAAAUUAUAUAUUUUUAUUGUUACCUAAUUGACUGAAUUAUUUGACAUUUAAUUUUUUAAUACUACUUGAUCAUAAUAUUUUAGGAAUUUAAAAAGAACAAGGACAUUCAGGAAUAUUUCCAAAAACCAAUAGAGACUGGUGAAAGAUUGCUCAACGUGUUGAAAUUCCAAAAAUCGCAUACUAGUAAACUAAUUAAACAUCACCAGCUCAUAGUAAUUAUAUUUUUUUGAAUUUAAUGUUAUUUUAUAAAUAUUUGUAAAAACCGAUGAGUUAAAUCUUUAUUUAUACUUGCUUAUAAUUUUUAGAUAACAAAAUACAAUAGGACAAAAUUAUAUAUAAAGAAACUCGAAAGUGAAUUAAAAAAUGCUAAAAGGUAUCUAAGUUAAUAUUAUUAUAUUUAUAUAUUUUGUAUCAAUUGUUUUAAGAGCACUGAAGAAUACACCACAAAAUCAUAAUUUUACGGAAUCUUGUUCAAGUUCUGUGUUAGAAUUUGAUGCGACUCCUUUUAAGAUGAUACACGCUGGAGUAGAAGAACAGAAUACACGACAGGUUGCGAAAUGCAAUUUUUGUGGCCGCAGUUGA